CCCAUUCGAGUUUCCUUCCUAGCAGCCCCCCACGCACCCCACCUCCCCUGCUGUCUCUUCCUCAGCGCUAACCUCUGGCCAACCUAUUGUCCUCGUGUUGACUGUCGGUCCCCACCCCCCGUGUCAGUUUCCCACGGGCGGGGGUUUUGACUGUUUUGUUCGUUGCACAGGGCCCAGCACACAGUAGGUGCUUAUUAUGAGCGUCGGUUAAAUGACUGAAUGAACGUUUGUUUACGUGCGGUGGCGCCCCAUCGGGCCCCUCCGUGCCCACCGCCACCUCGGAGCCCGGCAAUCAGCAGGCGCGCAGCAAAUCUUUGCUGAAUGACUAAUGAACCUGGGCGGGCUCGGAAGAGGUGCCCGGGCUUCCGCAGGGACAGCGGUCAAGCGGGCAGCUGACUACGGCCGCAGUGCUGCGCCUCCCUUGGACCCUCCCAGAUCUCCAUUCUCCGUGGGUCGCCUCCUCCCCGGGUUCCCACCUCCCCUUCACACUAUCUGCCCGCUCCCCCUCGGGGGUACCCCAGCCCCUGAAGAGGGAACCGCGCCCCGCUCCUCUCCGCCGCCAAGGACCCCUCCCGCACCUCUCUAGGGACCCCCAGCCCCGUCGGACCCCGGCCCCUCCCCCUUCCUCCUCUGCUCACGCGGGUCCCCCUCUCCAUCCCCCUUUCUCGGGAUCUCCUCGCGCUGCCCCUCCGAGUCCUCAGUCCCGCGAGACCCCCUCCUCCCGCCGCUGCGAGGUCCCCCAGACCCCCCCUCACUCGCCCCCUUCCCGGAGGAGUCCCCGCCCGGCCCCGCAGUGUGACCCGUCCCCGCCCCUCCCUCCGCGCAGGCGCAGGGAGCCCCGGCCGCCCCCACCACCACCCGGCGGCCGAGGGGCGGGGCGCAGCUGGUCCGAGGCGGCCGCGGCUCCAUGGGGCUCCUGGGGCUGCUGAGCCUGCUGCACUCGGCCUUCUUCGGGGAUCAGACGCUGCAGGAGCUGAAGAUGACGAGCUCCGUGGCGCCCUACGAGCAGCUGGUGCGGCAGGUGGAGGCCUUGAAGGCCGAGAACAGUCACCUGAGGCAGGAGCUGCGGGACAACUCCAGCCACCUGUCCAAGCUGGAGACGGAGACGUCCGGCAUGAAGGAGGUCCUGAAGCACUUACAGGGCAAGCUGGAGCAGGAGGCCCGAGUGCUCGUGUCCUCGGGCCAGACAGAGGUGUUGGAGCAGCUGAAAGCCCUGCAGAUGGACAUCACCAGCCUGUACAACCUCAAGUUCCAGCCCCCCGCCCUGGGCCCCGAGCCCGCUGCCCGGACCCCUGAGGGAAGCCCAGUACAUGGCUCCGGGCCCUCCAAGGACAGCUUUGGGGAGCUGAGCCGGGCCACCAUCCGGCUGUUGGAGGAACUGGACCGGGAACGGUGCUUCCUGUUGAAUGAGAUUGAGAAGGAGGAGAAGGAGAAGCUAUGGUACUACUCGCAGCUGCAGGGCCUGUCCAAGCGCCUGGACGAGCUGCCGCACGUGGAGACGCAGUUCUCGAUGCAAAUGGACCUGAUCCGGCAGCAGCUGGAGUUCGAGGCCCAGCACAUCCGCUCGCUGAUGGAGGAGCGCUUCGGCACCUCGGACGAGAUGGUGCAGCGGGCGCAGAUCCGGGCUUCGCGCCUGGAGCAGAUCGACAAGGAGCUGCUGUCCGCGCAGGAUCGGGUGCAGCAGACGGAGCCCCAGGCCCUGCUUGCGGUGAAGUCGAUGCCAGUGGACGAGGACCACGAGACUGAAGUUCCCACGCACCCCGAGGACGGUGCCCCUCAGCCGGGCAACAGCAAGGUGGAGGUGGUCUUCUGGCUGCUGUCCAUGCUGGCGACGCGGGACCAGGAGGACACUGCGCGCACGCUGCUCGCCAUGUCCAGCUCUCCGGAGAGCUGCGUGGCCAUGCGCCGCUCGGGCUGCCUGCCGCUGCUGCUACAGAUCCUGCACGGCACUGAGGCCGGCGCUGGGGGUCGCAGCGGGAACCCCGGGGCGCCGGGAGCCAAGGACGCGCGCAUGCGCGCCAACGCGGCUCUACACAACAUCGUCUUCUCGCAGCCCGACCAGGGCCUGGCGCGCAAGGAGAUGCGCGUCCUGCACGUCCUGGAGCAGAUCCGCGCCUACUGCGAGACCUGCUGGGACUGGCUGCAGGCCCGGGAUGGCGGGAGCGAGGGCGGCGGCGCCGGCGGCACCCCCGUCCCCAUCGAGCCGCAGAUCUGCCAGGCCACCUGUGCCGUGAUGAAGCUGUCCUUUGACGAGGAGUACCGCCGGGCCAUGAACGAGCUGGGCGGGCUGCAGGCAGUGGCGGAGUUACUGCAGGUCGAUUACGAGAUGCACAAGAUGACCCGGGACCCACUCAACCUCGCCCUGCGCCGAUACGCCGGCAUGACCCUCACCAACCUCACCUUUGGGGACGUCGCCAACAAGGCCACCCUGUGUGCCCGCCGGGGCUGCAUGGAGGCCAUCGUGGCCCAGCUGGCCUCUGAGAGCGAGGAGCUCCACCAGGUAGUGUCCAGCAUCCUGCGAAACCUGUCCUGGCGCGCUGACAUCAGCAGCAAGAAGGUGCUCAGAGAGGUCGGCAGCAUGACCGCUCUGAUGCGGUGCGUCCUGCGGGCCACCAAGGAGUCCACGCUGAAGAGCGUGCUCAGCGCGCUGUGGAACCUGUCGGCGCACAGCACGGAGAACAAGGCGGCCAUCUGCCAGGUGGAAGGCGCGCUGGGCUUCCUGGUGAGCACGCUGACCUACAAGUGCCAGAGCAACUCGCUGGCCAUCAUCGAGAGCGGCGGCGGCAUCCUGCGCAACGUGUCCAGCCUCAUCGCCACCCGCGAGGACUACAGGCAGGUGCUGCGGGACCACAACUGCCUGCAGACGCUGCUGCAGCACCUCACCUCGCACAGCCUGACCAUCGUGAGCAACGCGUGCGGCACGCUCUGGAACCUGUCGGCCCGCAGUGCGCGCGACCAGGAGCUGCUGUGGGACCUGGGCGCCGUGGGCAUGCUGCGUAACCUGGUGCACUCCCGGCACAAGAUGAUCGCCAUGGGCAGCGCCGCCGCCCUGCGCAACCUGCUGGCCCACCGGCCCGCCAAGUACCAGGCGGCGGCCACCGCCGUGUCCCCCGGCGCCUGCGCGCCCAGCCUGGCCGUGCGCAAGCAGCGGGCGCUGGAGGCCGAGCUGGACGCGCGGCACCUGGCCCAGGCGCUCGACCACCUGGAGAAGCGCAGCCUGCCCGAGGCCGAGGCCGCCAAGAAGCCGCUGCCGCCCCUGCGCCACCUGGACGGGCUGGCCCAGGACUACGCUUCUGACUCGGGCUGCUUCGAUGACGACGAUGCUCCCUCGCUGGCCGCCGCGGCCGCCACUGCCGAGCCAGCCAGCCCCGCCGUGCUGUCCCUCUUCCUGGGCAGCCCCUUCCUGCAGGGCCAGGCGCUGGCCCGUGCCCCGCCCGCCCGCCGCGGUGCCCCUGAGGCCGAGAAGGAGGCGGGUGGCGAGGCGGCCGUGGCGGCCAGGGCCAAGGCCAAGCUGGCGCUGGCAGUGGCGCGCAUCGACCGGCUGGUGGAGGACAUCUCUGCCCUGCACACCUCGUCCGACGACAGCUUCAGCCUCAGCUCCGGGGACCCCGGGCAGGAGGCGCCGAGGGAGGGCCGAGCCCAGUCCUGCUCGCCGUGCCGGGGGCCCGAGGCCGGGCGGCGGGAGGCGGGCAGCCGGGCUCACCCGCUGCUGCGGCUCAAGGCGGCCCACGCCAGCCUCUCCAAUGACAGCCUCAACAGCGGCAGCACUGGCGACGGGCACUGUCCCCGCGAGCACGCCCGGCCCUGCCAGCUGGCCGCGCUGGCUGAGCACCGCGAGGGGCCCCCGGGCGGCCAUGCGCGGCCCAGCCGGCUUGACCUAAACCUGCCAGGGGGCCAGGCUGAGCCGGCAGCCCGGGACGCCGCGGCCACCGAUGCCCGCGUGCGCACCAUCAAGCUGUCGCCCACCUACCAGCACGUGCCACUGCUGGAGGGCACGGCCAGGGCAGGCUCAGGGCCCCCGGCGCCCGGGGCUCGGAAGCAGGCCUGGCUGCCCGAGGAGGCCCUGAGCAAGGUGCCGCAGAAGCUGGUGGCGGAGGCCGCCCCGCCCUGCCUGUCCCGCUGCAGCUCCCUGUCAUCGCUGUCCUCCGCCGGCCGCCCGGGCCCCAGUGAGGCCGGGGACCUGGACGACAGUGACUCUUCCCUGGAGGGGCUGGAGGAGGCGGGCCCCAGCGAGGCGGGGCUGGACACGGCCUGGCGGGGGCCGGGGGCCGCCUCCCUGCCCAUGGCCAUCCCAGCCCCCCGGCGCGGCCGGGGCCUGGGGGUGGAGGACGCCACGCCGUCCAGCUCCUCGGAGAACUGCGUGCAGGAGACGCCGCUGGUGCUGAGCCGCUGCAGCUCGGUGAGCUCGCUUGGCAGCUUCGAGAGCCCGUCCAUCGCCAGCUCCAUCCCCAGCGACCCGUGCAGCGGGCUGGGCAGCGGCACGGUCAGCCCCAGCGAGCUGCCCGACAGCCCCGGGCAGACCAUGCCGCCGAGCCGCAGCAAGACGCCGCCGCCGGCCGCCGUGCCGCCGGGCGAGCGCGAGACCACGCCGUUCAGCCUGCAGUGGGAGAGCUACGUGAAGCGCUUCCUGGACAUCGCCGACUGCCGCGAGCGCUGCCGCCUGCCCUCCGAGCUGGAUGCGGGCAGCGUGCGCUUCACCGUGGAGAAGCCCGACGAGAACUUCUCCUGCGCCUCCAGCCUCAGCGCGCUCGCCCUGCACGAGCACUAUGUGCAGAAGGACGUGGAGCUGCGGCUGCUGCCCCCUGCCUGCCCCGAGCGAGGCGGCGGCGGGGGUCCCGGCCUGCACUUCGCCGGGCACCGUCGGCGGGAUGAGGCCAGUGGCCGCCGUGAGGGGCCGACGGCCACCGAGCAGGAGCUGGAGCUGCUUCGGGAGUGCCUGGGCGCGGCCGUGCCCGCCCGGCUCCGAAAGGUGGCCUCGGCGCGGGUGCCCGGCCGCCGCGCGCUGCCCGUGCCCGUCUACAUGCUGGUGCCCGCCCCGGCCCGCGAGGACGACUCGUGCACUGACUCGGCUGAGGGCACGCCCGCCCACUUCUCCAGCAUGGCCUCGCUCAGCGAUGAGACGCUGCAGGGACCCCCCAAGGACCCGCCUGGCGGGCGCUCAGACGGGCAGAAGCCCGCAGGCCGAGUGGCUCCUGCCAGGCAGGCUGCCGGGCACCGGCAGAGGGCGGGGGGUCCAGGCCGGAGCUCAGACCAGGCCCUGGGGUCGGGCAGGAGCCGGGUGGGACUUGAGCUGCCCCUCCGCAGGCCCCCGAGUGCCCACGCAGACAGGGACGGCUCCCACCUGGGCCGGGCGCGUGCGGAUGGGGCGCUGCAGUCGCUCUGCCUCACGACACCCACUGAGGAGGCCGUGUACUGCUUCUACGGCAACGACUCGGACGAGGAGCCGGCCACGAAGGUGCCACCCCCCCGGCGGGCGUCCGCUAUACCCCGGGCAGUGAAGAGGGAGCAUCUGGCUGGCAGGAAGGAGACGCAGGCCGCACCCAAGCCAGUGCCCAAGCCAGUGCCCAAGGCUGUGCCCAAGGUCGUGCCGCCCACCCGGGCCCAGCCCAGCCUCAUCGCCGAUGAGACGCCGCCAUGCUACUCCCUGAGCUCCUCUGCGAGCUCCCUCAGCGAGCCCGAGCCCUUGGAGCCGGUGGCCGGCCCGCCCCGAGCCCAAGAGCCAGCCGUCACCAAGGACCCCGGGCCGGGUGGUGGGCUCACCGGCUCCCCCAGCCCGAGGGCCGAGGCAGAGCUGCUCCGGCGCUGCAUCGGCUCGGCCAUGCCCCGGCGCCGGCCCCAGGCACCGGCCCUGCGGCGUCGCAAGCCCCGAGCUGCCCGGCCAGACGAGCGGCCAACAGAGGGGCCCCGGGAGUGCGGCGAGGAGGCGGUGGGCUCGGACCACGCCUCGGACCUGGACAGCGUCGAGUGGCGCGCCAUCCAGGAGGGCGCCAACUCCAUCGUCACGUGGCUGCACCAGGCGGCGGUGGCCACCGGCGAGGCCUCGUCUGAGUCUGAUUCCAUCUUGUCCUUCGUGUCCGGGCUCUCGGUGGGCUCCACCCUGCAGGCCUCCCCGCACAGGAAGGGGCCCCAGCCGCGGGCCGAGGGCCAGGCGGGCAGUGCCGCACGGCCGGAGAAACGGGAUGCAGCCCUGACCCAGCGCAGCAGCGGGUCCCGCUUGCCCUGCGGCCCCGAGAAGCCGCGUGGCGCUCCGAAGACCACGUCCGGGGUGCCGGCCGUGCUCCGGGGGCGGACGGUGAUCUACGUGCCCAGCCCAGCCCCCCGGGCCCAGCCCAAAGGCGCCCCUGGCCCCCGCGCCGUGCCCAGGAAGAUGGGACCACCCAGCCCCGCGCAGCCAGCAGCCCCCGCCACAGCCCCCGGGCUUGGGCAGCCGCGGUCGCGGAGCCUGCACCGGCCCGGCAAGAUCUCGGAACUGACGGCGCUGAACCCCCCACAGCGGAGCGCCACGCCACCCGCCCGCCUCGCCAAGACCCCCUCGUCCAGCUCCUCGCAGACCUCCCCUGCUUCCCAGCCCCUGCCCAGGAGGUCACCCCCGGCCGCCCAGCCUGCGGGGCCCCUGCCCGGUCCCGGGACAUCGCCGGUGCCCAAGACGCCCGCGCGCGCACUGCUGGCCAAGCAGCACAAGACGCAGAAGUCGCCCGUGCGGAUCCCCUUCAUGCAGAGGCCUGCCCGGCGGGGGCCGCCACCCCUGGCCAGGGCAGCCCCAGAGCCCAGGGCCCGGGCGGGGAACCCGGGGGCCCCGGGCGCCCGCGGGGGCCGCCUGGGCCUGGUGCGCGUGGCCUCGGCCCGCUCCAGCGGCAGCGAGUCCGACCGCUCGGGCUUCCGGCGGCAGCUGACCUUCAUCAAGGAGUCGCCGGGCCUGCCGCGCCGCCGCCGCACCGAACCGUCCCCAGCCGGGGCUGCCGCCACCGCCACCACCUCCACCUCCCAGGGCGGCUCGCCCCGCCGCGGCCGGCCCGCGCUGCCCGCCGUCUUCCUCUGCUCCUCGCGCUGCGACGAGCUGCGGGCGGCCCCCCGGCAGGCCCCGGCCCCCCGGCGACCCCCCGCGGCCCGGCCCGGCCCCGGUGAGCGGCUGCCCCGGCGCACCAGCUCCGAGAGCCCGUCCCGCCUGCCCGUCCGCGCGCCGGCCACCCAGCCCGAGACGGUCAAGCGCUACGCCUCCCUGCCCCACAUCAGCGUGGCCCGCAGGCCCGACGGCGCGGCCCCCGCGCCCGCGGCCGACACGGCCCGCCGCAGCAGCGACGGCGAGGCCCGUCCACUGCCCAGGGUGGCCGCGCCGGGCACCACGUGGCGGCGCAUCCGGGAUGAGGAUGUCCCGCACAUCCUGCGCAGCACGCUGCCCGCCUCCGCCCUGCCACUGAGGGGCGCCUCGCCCGAGGAGGGCCCGGGUGGCCCUCCGCAGCGCAAGACCAGUGACGCCGUGGUCCAGACCGAGGACUUCGUGACCCCCAAGACCAACUCCAGCACGUCCCCGAGCCUGGAGAGCCGGGAGCCCCCCCAGGCCCCCGCUAGUGGCCCUGCCUCCUUGCUCGGCAGCGACGUGGACGGGCCUGCCCUCGCCAAGGCGCCCACCUCUGCCACCUUCUCCCACGAGGGCCUGGGUGUGGCUGCGGGGGGCUUCCCCGCCAGUCGGCACGGCUCCCCCAGCCGCUCGGCCCGCGUGCCCCCCUUCAACUACGUGCCCAGCCCCAUGGUGGUGGCCACCCCUGACUCGGCUGUGGAGAAAGCCCCCGCUGUUGCCUCCCCCAGCAUCCUGGAAUAGCGGCCCGGGCCGGCCUUCUGGAACAUCCUGUCCAGCCCUGCAGCCGUGCGGCUGUCCCGAGGGUGGUCCCAGGGUCCCCCCGCCCACCGAGCCCCGGCCCUCGGAGCCCCCCCCCACUAGCUCGCAUGGGCCUCACAUCUCACCCGUAGAUGCUUGCUUCUUGCCCCGGGGGCUCCAGAGGGACAGGGGGCCAUGGGCUGGACCUCGAGUCCCAGCCAGGUAAGCCCACGAGGGUGCCUGCCCCCAGCCCGGCCCACACGCGGAGACCACCCUGCACUCCAGGCCUCAGCCCGGCCUUCCCCUCCGGGGAGCCGGAGGGAGGUGGCAGCGGCCGCCCAAGGUGGGGGACAGGGCUGGGGAGGGUGGCGCCUUCGAGUGCCUGCCAGCGCCCGGAGGAAGGCGGUAAUUACCGCGGCGGCUGGGUAAUUUGUUAAUGAUGGCUUUGCCGGUCUGCCUGCCUUCUCAGCCCCAGCUGGGGGAGGGUGUGGCUGAGCCAGGCAGAAAGUUGGCUCCCACCCCGGAUGGUGACGUUCAGAGAGCCUGGAGCACCCCGCGGCAGGGGGACAGAGAGCGGGGCCGUCAGAGCAGCCUGGUGCCUCCUACCCCUUGGAAGGAACGAGGAGAGGCAGGCGUGUGGACGACGGGAGGGGGCUCUGGUGCAGACACCAACAGGAGCCCACCCCAUGUCCUCGCUCCUGACUGGGGGAGGGACCCCGCAGUGGGUGCCACAGGAAGGAGGCCGAGGAGAGUCAGGGCCGUGACCCUCUGGGAGCUCCUGGGGGCGGGGACGCGAGCCUGUGCUGGCCUCUCUCUCUGCCCAUGCAGAGGAACGUCCCCAUGGAUGGGAUCGUUCCCGCCCUAAUUUCUUCUUUGCGAUGCAUGAAGCUCGGAUCUGCAGGCUUCCUGCCAGGCACGGCCAGCUCCUCCCCUUUGGGACUGCACAGCUGGGGAUUGGCGUGGAGUCGGGGUCUGGAGCCCCAGGGCCACAGCCCAGCCAGCUGGACAUGUCGAGGCCGGGGUGCUGGCCAGCAGGUGCUGGAGUGUUGGUGCCAGAGGCAGCGGCGAGACGACGGGGGACAGUGAGCCCGGGAGGCCGGGAGCGGCCACUCCAAGGACCUCCCUCCUCCCCUCUCCCCUG